GCCAUAGCACGAUGGAUGUAUGAUGUGGGAAUAGUUUUUAAUGCUGUUAAUUAUGAUAGCUUUGGGGAAAUGAUUCAAGCAAUUGGAAAUUAUGGGAAAGAAAUGAAACCUCCAAGUUUUCAUGAGGUUAGAGUUCGGUUACUUAACAAAGAAGUGCAAAUCAUAAAUGAUCUUCUCGAGUCUCAUAAAGAAGAAUGGGAAAAUUAUGGAUGUACAUUGAUGUGUGAUGGAUGGACGGAUAGAAAAGGGAGAACCUUGAUUAAUUUCUUGGCUAAUAGUCCAAAGGGAAGUGUAUUUAUUAAAUCAGUUGAUGCAAGUGAUGAAUCAAAGACAGCGGCAUUGUUAGCUAGUUUGAUUGAGAAAGAAUUGAUGGAAAUUGGUCCUGAAAAAGUAGUUCAAGUUGUUACAGAUAAUGCAUCAAAUAAUGUUGCAGCAGGGAGAAUAUUGGAAGCAAAUUUUUCUCAUCUAUACUGGACUCCAUGUGCAGCUCAUUGUAUAGAUUUGAUGUUGGAGGAUAUCUUUAAGAUCCGUGUUUUCAAAGAAACAUUCCGCAAAGCUGUUGAGCUUACUGGUUUCACAUAUGGCUCUUCAGGAGUUCUAAAUAUGUUGCGGAAGUUUACUAAUGGAGUAGAAUUGCUAAGGCCAGGGCAAACUAGAUUUGCUACUGCUUUUAUUACACUGGGAAGGAUUCAUCUUCAAAAAGCCAACAUUAGAAAAAUGUUUACUUCGGAAAGUUAGACAACUAGUAAAUGGGCUAAAGAGGUGAA